AUGAGACAUGUGUUGGCAAUUUUCGGCCUUUUUCUUCCGCUCUUGAUCUUCCUUCAUCUCCUUGUUGCACCGUACACCAAAGUCGAGGAGUCCUUCCACGUCCAGGCCACCCACGACAUACUCGUCCACGGAUUCCCCGUGCAUGUCCUUGACGUCGACCGCACCAAUUAUGACCACUUCGCUUUCCCGGGAGCUGUGCCUCGGACGGCGAUUGGCGCUGCCAUCCUUGCAAAGCUAUCGCGACCCAUCAUUACCUUGAGUAAUGCGAUCAAUCCGCCCGGCAUGGCUGGCGGCGGCGUCUACACUAAUGGCACCGAUCCCUCAAACCCGUCGAAAGUCCCACGACCGACUGCUAUUGCGGUAGCACUGGCGAAACUGUCCAAAUACUUGCCUAACUUGAGCGAGGGAAUUGAUCGGCAGAUCCUCGCUAACACAUUCACAGCUCGAGCUAUUUUAGGGCUGUAUAAUGCAGCUGCACUACUCGUGUACGCGCAUGGUGUUCGGCGGAGCUUCGGGACCAUUGUAGCAACAUGGUAUUUGGCCUUCCAAGCAAGCCAGUUUCACAUCAUCUACUAUGCCUCGCGGCCACUAUCCAACAUGUUUGCUUUCGGGCUGACAACCCUAGCCAUGCGGUUUCUCCUCCCAGAUUCCACACCACGCAGGGUCCGGGUCGGUGAAAGCCGUCUGUCACUGAUACUGCUUACCGUGGCAGGCGUGAUAUUCCGCUCGGAACUUGCUGUGCUAGUUGCGACACAGACGCUAUUCCUGCUCAUCACUCGCCAAGUCAGAUUCUUCCAAGAUGCUGUCUACUCAGGACUCCUUGGUCUCUUCGUCGGUCUUUUAGCUACCAUGAUGACUGAUUCGUUGUUCUGGGAUCGUUUACUAUGGCCGGAGCUGGAAGCCUUCCUGUUCAACGUUGUCUCGGGCCAGUCGUCUGAAUGGGGAACAGAUCCAUGGUAUUUCUACUUUGUGAAUGCGUUGCCUCGCCUUCUUUUGAAUCCAUUGAUAUAUCUCGUCGCUCUUCCCGUUGCUCUGCGCCAGCCCGCAACUCGGCAGCCGGCGAUCGCAUUGCUCGUGCCGUCUCUGGCUUUCGUCGCCCUGUACAGCAUCAUCCCCCACAAAGAGUGGCGCUUCAUUAUUUAUGUCAUUCCAUCUCUCACCACUGCAGCUUCGCUCGGUGCGGGAUAUCUCUGGAAUCACCGCUCGCGCUCUAUUGUUGCUCGCAUGGCUUCUUAUGCCUUGGUACUUUCCACGCUUGCAACAUUCCUCCUAUCGAAUCUUGUGCUCCUGCCAGCCUCCGCCGCCAACUAUCCCGGUGCGCAUGCUCUCAAGGCACUGCAUCGUUAUCAUGACCAGGCGGCAGCCGGAAAUGCAAAUGGUGCUUCCGUCUAUCUCGGCAAUCUGGCGUGCCAAACAGGCGUCACUCGGUUCUUAGAACAACCCGCUGCAUUGGGCUGGCACUACGACAAAACCGAAGAUGAAGCUACCAAGUCCUUGGGCGCCUUUUGGGAAAAAUUCGAUUACAUUCUUGUUGAGGCAUCUGCGGAUCCUGAUUAUGAGGAUAGCGAUGAGAUCCAACUGCGAACCGCGCUUCCUGAUUCUCAUUGGGACACGGCUGACACCGUCGAUGGCUUCGCUGGUAUUUCCAUCGUGAGACCUGGAACUCCAGCGGAUGGAACUGCUGAGCGCAAGCUUUUGUCUGCGGUGGGGGGCCAGCGUGCAGUGGACUUCUACGAGCAAGUUCGGGAGUCGCUUCGCAAUGUCGUGCUAAGAGGAUGGUGGGUCGAGUUGAAAAUGCAACCCAAGCUUAAGAUUUUGAAAAGGGCUCAAAGGGGUCAAGUUUAG